AUGGUGCCCUCCCACCUGUGGGCACACCUGAAGAAGUCCCUCCUGUACCUGAGCUGUUUCUCCUUCCUUCUGGGGCUGGCCCUGCUGAGCACCGGGCCCAGCGUGGUCCCCGCGUCCUACUUCUUCAUCGCGUUGAGUUGCUUCUUGGUGUUUGUCCGGCUCCUGGAUGCAUUACUGAGGAGGGGGUGCCCAGAAGCGCCAGCCCAGAGCCCAGGAACCUCGGAAAACGCUAGGGACAAUGAAGCCUUUGAGGUGCCAAGCUAUGAGGUGGCUGUGCAGCUGGAGCCACCCCCCAGCCCCCAGACGCAGGAGGAUCCACCGCCCUACAGCACUGUGAUUGCUCUGGGGCUUGAGGGCCAGCCGGGCCAUACAGAGGCACUCAGGAGAGGGGCACCCAGGAGAGGGGCACUGCGGAGGCGAGGGGCCUCAGAGGGCUCCCUGACCCAGGAAGGGAGCUCGAGAAGGCUCCGUGUCGGCUUGCCGCGGGCAGCGUCCACUGAACCAGACCUGCAGAACCUGGAGAUGACCACCAGAAUGGAACCCCUUACUCCACCCCCUACCUAUGAGGUCGACUUCGGUCACCGGGUCGAGGACAGUGUUUUCUACCAGGAUAACUGGGCACCACCAUAA